AUGGAAUUAGAAGGAGGACAAGUUCCAGCAGGGAAACCGCACAUCCCAAUUGAAGAACCUCGAAAUGAAAUAAAUUUGCAAGAAGAGCUACCGACAAUGUCCCUUUCAGGAUGGAGACUCCAUCUUCUGACGGCUGGAAUGUGGCUGGCGCUUUUUCUCUCAACUGUUGAGACUACAAUUGUUGGUACCUCAUUAGUAUCAAUCACGAACGCAUUGGGUGGCUUUGAUAAACGCGACUGGGUGGUGACAUCGUACUUGUUAACAUAUACGGGUUUUCUCACAAUUUAUGCGAAGCUUGGUGACAUCCUCGGAAGGAAAACGAUGUUUAUUGUUGGACUAUGGAGUUUCAGUAUAUUCUCUAUCCUUUGCGGCGUAUCAAGCAAUAUCGUUGAGCUUGAUAGCACCUACGAUCAUUCCUCCAGGGAAAAUGCCCAAAUACAUUGCACUGAUGGCUACGGUAUUUGCAUUGGCAAGUGUGGUGGGACCUUUGAUGGGCGGCGCAAUUACAGAAAGUGGGCAUUGGAAAUGGAUAUUCCUGUUCAAGAUUCUUGCCAGUGCUAUCAUAUUUUCACCCUACCUUCAAGUUCAAAUAAAGCUUCACAACCUUCUGAUGGGGAAGUCGGUCGCCGCAGAUUAUCUUCGCAAAAUUUACGACGCAUUGACAAUAUCGGUGUGGUCUUGUUACUUGCUGCGUCCAUUUUACUGGUCUUUGCUUUUGAAAAUGCUGGGAUCCAACAUGCGUGGGGAAGUCCUACAAUUAUAGUUACGCUGGUUCUUGGAUUUGCCAUCUUUUUUGGGUUCAUAACCUGGGAAGUCUGGUUACAGCGAAGACAAGAUCAGAUCACAGAACCGAUCUUCCCGCCACGGAUUCUCGAAAGUCGGAUUAUGGCAUCCAUGUUUGCGGCAUCAUUCUUUUUAGGGUUUCCAUUCAACUCAGUAAUAGUCAAUAUACCACAAAGAGCCCAGGCCGUCUACGCAUUCAGCUCUCGUCGCGCCGGCAUCACACUUCUACCUCUUUUACUCACUUCUCCGUUGGCUACAGUUACUUCUGGGAUUCUCACAUCCAAUGGAAGGGUACCACCUGUAUAUGUCAUUACCGUGGGUGAAGUCAUUCAAUUGGUUGGUAUGGGACUAAUGUGUUCACUUCCAACGAACACUUUGAUCUUUCCACCACAGCAGUACGCCUUCGAGGUGAUCAUGGGCAUUGGGCUUGGAUUGACUCUAAGUACAAUUCUCACACUUGCACCAGUCGUUGCAAACAAAAAGGAUCUACCUGUUACUAUGGGGGCAUUGACACAAAUUCGUGUUCUUGGUGGCACAUUCGGUCUGGCAAUUAGUGCCACAGUCCUUAAUGACCAUGUGAAGAGCAAACUAUCCACACUACUUAGUCCACCGGAGCUCGAAGCUAUCCUAGACUCGCUUGAUGCGAUCAAAAAUCUCUCGCAGAAUCAACAACAGGCUGUGAAAGCUGCAUUUUCCGAGGGCUUCAACCGGCAGAAUGUCAUUUUGGCUGCGUUUUCUGCUGUAGCGCUGGUUUUAUCUUUAGGGAUUUGGGAGAGACAUCCCCGAAAGACAGAAAAAUCCAAUCCUUAA